GCCCAGGGUACCACCAGCUGAGGGCAUUGACCUGCUGCGGUCGUAUCAAUUUGCAGCUCAUCAAUCAGCAAACGCAAACCGUACUUAACCCCGUCCGAUAGCCCAUUUUUCGCACGUAGAGAUUUUGCUGUCGAAGUUACUUUCCGUAGCCUCCUGUGCUUAUUUUACUUCAACGUUUUUGUUUUGAUUGACACGCAAAAGUUUUUCGUCUGUUGAGGUCCACCUCAAUUUUUUCGAGUCAAAGUCUUGCGUUUUUCACACGGCACCUGCAGAAAACCAGCAUACAGCAGGGAUUUUUUACAGCCUCGACGAAAAGCAACAAGGGCAGACUUACGGGACGGGGAAAAAAACCGGACUCGCAGAUUUUUUGAAGCAUACACGACGCCAGGUCAUCUUCGCCCUUCUAGUUUUGCUUGCCGCUCACUGAGAAAGUUCUCAUCCGUCGCGUGACAUCGUGAAACAAUUUUGCGGGGAUCAAGCGAUACGAAGCGGCGGCACCGGACCAAUUACUGAAUCUCCAGACCACAGCGUCUUGGCAUAAAAAAGCAGAGACUUGAUUGCUUCACGUGAAGCUAUGUUCAACCACACGAAAAUUAGCGCCACGCCGAACGAAGAACAGCAAAAAUAUAGUUGCACAAGCCCGGCACACGAGAAGUCAAUGACCGAGAAGAGAUAAGCUAAGUUUUCCACGCUCCUGUAGGACUGCUGCUCCAGCUGGUUGCACCGCGAUUGACAACGAGAAAAAUUUCCCCACGUACUUGAUGUUCAAGCCGAGAACUCUUGGUCGUCCCACCCUGAUCUCAUCGCCUCGGCGUCGUUGAGUACUGCUAGCUGGGGAAUUCGCAGCAGUAUACUGAAUUAGCUCGACGCGGAACAAAAAAACCGUUUUGCCCAAAACGCAAAGCAACGUGGUGCGAGGAAUAUCAUCUCCAAGAGAGCUGCCACCGCUCCUUGUUCGACCGGUUAGGAAGGAAGAGAGGUUCAAAUCCGCUUUCCCAACGAACUGCGGGCUUUUCUACCAAAGUGGAGCAAGAGAGGUGCUCAAAAAGGGAAAUAAAACACCAAGAGGCACCGGUGCUGGAAGAAAGAAGCGAAGAGGAAGAUACAUGCCAGAUCAGGAAAACGUCAUGGCGGAUCAUGAUUGGGAUGCCCCAAGCCCCGGUGCAAAGUCCAGCCGUGAAGAACUUGUAUCUAUUAUAGUUUAAGUUUUUUUUGUCAGCCCCUUGUUGUUUUCGCAUUUGGAAUUGCGGAGGAACAUGUGGUUGCAUUGCUAGAUGAGAUGAUCUUCGUGUAUUUCAUCAAAAAAAUAAACUUCAUCCCUGCGACAGGCACGGGAACCGCUGGCGCCAGAUAACGACUACCGACCCGGAGAUAUCAAGAUAAUACUUCUCGGCGAUUCGGCAGUCGGCAAAAGCAAGCUUAUCGAGCGAUAUCUCUUGAACGCGUAAGAAUUCGUUGUUUUCGACCUCGAAUUGUGAAUGUUAUUGGGAACGAUCGGAAAUUGAUGCUAGGCCAGCCGGACUCACGUGAUGUACUUCAGCGUUGUCAGGAAAAACCCAAACAGGUAUACGAAACACACAGCGUCAACGUUUGCGGUGAACAUAUUCUCACAUACGCACACCGACGCAAAAUCAAAGAAAGACUACCGCAUCGACUUCUGGGACACAGCUGGGCAAGAGCAAUUCUCAAAUCUGCACCCAAGUACAAAUAUGUUUCAUGCUUUUGAUCACUUUCUUCUUCUUGAAGUUCGUGCAAGGGAAAAAACAUAUAAAAAACAGGAAAGCUUUAUUGUAAAAAAGUAUAACAAGACAAAGAAACAAAAGCUGAGGCCAAUAAAGCUUUCCUGUAUCCGUCUCUCUAUAACAGCGCCAAAGAGCAGCGCUGCCCGUCCAGAUGCGCGCAGCAUCUACAGCUACCCAUCUAGAGUCCACAAAAUUGCAAAGAUCCCUGUGAUCAUUUUUUUCCGCCCUUUAGGUUAGAUAGGAGGUGUCAGGGGGCGAGGUAGUGAUAUAGGCGCGCACACCUGAGGACGUAGGCUCCCUUACUAGCUGCAAGUGGGUCAUUCCCGACGGUGGAGCGUGGUUUUAUAUGAGAACCAGGUAAGGCUUCACUGCCGAAACGAUGAAGAGACGUUGGUCCAGCGUAGCACUGUCAAAUGGCGACCGAACCUAUGCACAGCUAAGGUUUUCUAGCCACGGCAGUGUUGCUCACUCCGUACCGGGUCCCGUGCGAGCAACCGUAGCCAGCGAAGUGGAGAGGGAAACCACUGUUCAGACGUUACCGGAGAAAUUUGGUAACGAUUGGAUCCCGGGAGCGCACCCACAGAACUUGUCCAUGGACCUGUGAAGAACACGACGGCAGCGAUCCCCGAUCAUUCUCAUCAAAACUCCGAUCAGAAGUUGCUAUUGUGAUCUUUAUAAGUUUAUGGCUAAGAUUAUGUUUUCAAAAAAAAAAGUUCGUGCAAGGGUCCUGCUGUUCUGGUUUUACAACAGAAGAUCACGAACAAAACAACACGACCGCAGGUUACUACUACGAAGCACAUUGUUGCAUACUAGCGUUCGACGUAACAAGAAAAAUAACGUACAAAAAUCUGGAGAAGUGGUACGAAAAUUUGCGGAACGGCGUCAUGCGAGACAUACCAAUAAUCUGCAUCGCCAACAAAAUAGACUUCGACCCGACCAGCACACAGAAAAAGUAUUGGCUUUUUAUUGAGGUGCUUUUUGAUUUUGGUUCCUUCCUGGAAUGCAUUUUGGCCUGCGCCAAGCAGAAUUAAGUACCGAAGAAUAAGAAUAAGAAAUUUGCCAACGACCCAGGUUCCAGUUUGCAGUGAAGCACAAACUGCCGUUUUUCUACGUGUCUGCCGCCGACGGUACAAACGUCGUGCGCAUAUUCGAAGAAGCCAUUGCCUUGGCCAUCAAGCAGAAGGAAAACCCCGAUAAAGACGACGUACUUGUUCUUUUACGCUCUGUUUAUCAUCUAGAGGAUGGACUCUGGUGGAGGACGUCGCGGAUUUUAUCAACGCAAAAAAAUCAUAAUAUGCAGGUCCUAGACGACAUCAUGGCACUGCUAGCAGAAGACGACAAUGCAGACAUGUUGUAG